GUGCAUCGAGUGAGUGAUCACUGAAAAGAGAAGAAGAUUUUAGCGGAAAAUGGCGUCGGGACAGGAAAGCAGGGCGGAGCUGGACGAGAGGGCUAGGCAGGGGGAGACGGUUGUCCCUGGGGGAACCGGCGGGAAGAGCCUUGAAGCUCAGGAGCAUCUUGCUGAAGGGAGGAGCAGGGGAGGGCAGACGAGGAGGGAGCAGCUGGGGACGGAAGGGUACAAGGAGAUGGGCCACAAAGGAGGGGAGACGAGGAGGGAGCAGAUGGGGACUGAAGGCUAUCAGGAGAUGGGCCGAAAGGGUGGGCUCAGCACCAUGGACAAGUCCGGCGGGGAGCGUGCUGCCGAGGAAGGGAUCCAGAUCGACGAGUCCAAGUUCAAGACUCGCACUUCCUAGACUAGAUAGAUGCCCAACUGCUGCCUGCCAUGCCGUCGUCUUCAAACUGUACUAGUAUCAUCAUGUAGCUAGCUGUUUUAGGAGACCCAAUGUAAUGUAAAAAAAUAAUAAUCAAAGCGGUGGAGUGGAGGAUGCAAUGUAUGUAGCCGUUGUUUCUUCUAUGUAGCUAGGGUUGACCAGCCCACAUCGCCACUCAUAGAAAGGCAAGUGGUGGUACUUUUGUUAGCUUGGGUUGGCUAUGUUUUCCGGGAAUCGGCAACGCUUUGUACUGUACGUACCUGGGUUCUGUCCCCGUUCUGUAACGGACUCCUGUGUCUUUUUGUGUCAACAAAAUAUGAAGGUUUGC